UACAAUUCCCAGAAUGCUAUUCACGGAAGCGGAAACCGAAACGAUUUGAAAAAAAAAAUAGCUAGACAGUUGCUAGUGUACCCGAUGUGUCCGGGAAGGUUUUAACGUCUGGACUGGAGCGUGACCGGGAGAGAGCCGCUAAUGAGGGUCGGCGAAAGAACAUCUGGUUUGCUGGUCUCUUGAAAAGGUCUUGAAGAGCCACCUUGUAAGAACUUGGAUUUUUCUCUGUCAUUGUCCUCUCCGAGAAGCCCUGCACGCUAAGGAGCUGAGUCGUACUCUUUCUGCACUCUUUAUGAUGUUUCUAUCACUUUUCUGUGUCUAACUUGCUCUCCAAAGCCACCAUGAGCUCAGGUCAGAGAAAACGUAAGGCAUCAGAGGGCAAAUCGCGUUCUUCUCAGAGAAGGAGGAGAGGUGCGAGUACAACCAGCUCAAUGGCGACAGUGGCUGAACCCAUUGAAGUUGAAGAAAGCGGAGAGGAAGUUGUUGAUCUGACGUGCGAAUCAUUAGAGCCAGUGGUUGUCGACUUAACACAUAAUGACUCUGUGGUUAUUGUUGAAGAACACCAAAGUCCAAGACGGAGGAGGAGCACUGCCCGCAAUACCAGCCAGGCAGCCAGCUGUAUACUAAGCAGUGAUGAUGAGGACACACGAGAUAAUGAUGGUUUUGGAAGCCGAGGAUCCAGAGACCUCCCUCCUGUAAACCAUAGCAGCGCAAGAACGUCUGGGAGUGUCAGCUGUCCAAUUUGCAUGGACGGCUACUCGGAGAUUACACAGAGUGGACGUCUCAUAGUUUCUACGAAAUGUGGUCAUAUAUUCUGCAGCCAGUGCCUCCGAGACGCCCUUAAAAAUGUCACAUCGUGUCCAACCUGCAGGAAAAAACUGACUCACAAACAGUAUCACCCGAUCUACAUUUGAUCUGUGGCCGGGGCCUUCCUUAUGUAAUGCACUACCUUCUCCAGCUUUCCUUCAGGUGUCCAGACAUAGUGGCAGUAAAGCUGGGGAAUACGACACAGUUCUUUUGGACUCGCGUGGUUUUAGGGUUUUGGAUAAAUUGCGGGUAGAGUGACCUCGCUUUCACGCCAGACUAAAUGUGCGUGCUUUGGGCGAAAAAACUAUGCAUUGCCCUCCAUGAACUGAGGGUAUAACUGGUCCAUUCGCUGGCCUCAGCCGGACAUUGGUAACUAAAUGACUGAGCAGCAGUUUGGUCACGAUAACACGGAUGGUGAGUAUUUGAGAAACGCACCAAGACGGCUGCAGUACUUGUGGAGUCCUUCAGUGAACCCCACACGGACCUGUCUGCUCUGCGAAAGAAGGCAAGCUGCUUACUUGCAGGCAAUAGCAUUUCCAUACGCUUUCAGGACUUAAGAAGUCAGUGCUACCAGAGACAUAUUUCUUCCUGGGAUCUCUGCUGCCUUGAGGUAGCGCUUUUUUUUUUUAUUUUUUUUUAUUUUUUUUUUUAUAAUAUAUAUACAUGACGCUUCAUCAAGUAAAGGUACUUUCACACUAGCGGCAGGGGACUCA